UCAACGUACAAUAUCAUCGAAACUUUGACGCAAUGGCUCGUACCAAGCAGACUGCCCGUAAAUCGACUGGAGGAAAGGCUCCGAGGAAGCAGCUAGCUACCAAGGCCGCUCGUAAGAGUGCGCCAGCAACUGGAGGAGUUAAGAAGCCACAUCGUUAUAGGCCAGGAACAGUGGCUCUUCGUGAAAUUCGUCGUUACCAGAAGAGUACUGAGCUUCUCAUCCGUAAAUUGCCAUUCCAACGGCUUGUUCGUGAGAUCGCCCAGGACUUCAAGACUGAUUUGAGAUUCCAGAGCUCAGCUGUGAUGGCUCUUCAGGAAGCCAGCGAGGCUUACCUCGUUGGUCUUUUCGAGGACACCAACCUCUGCGCUAUUCAUGCUAAGAGAGUAACCAUCAUGCCCAAGGACAUUCAGCUGGCUCGCCGUAUUCGUGGAGAGAGAGCUUAAGUCAUCUUGACUUGAAAACACACAAUCGGCCCUUUUCA